AUGUCACAAGACAAUAGCAGAUAUCAGCAAUACCUACCAACUACUUUAACUUACUAUACUACUGAAGAGGAUAUUAUUUCAGGUGAACAGCCAUAUUAUGAAGGAACCGGUGAAACAUAUGACGCUUAUCAAGUAAUACCGUAUGGAUAUGUUGUUGACGAAGAUUAUAUUAGUAAUAAUGGUGUCGAAUAUGAAGACACUGGAACUAAUUUGAACUAUUUGCCUACUUCAAAUUAUCAGGUUAACUAUGAUGACAUUGGUCAAUACUAUGGACCAGUUGAAUACAGUGGUAUGUAUAAUGAUUAUGCAGGCCAUGAUUAUAAUGCUCAAUAUGAUGAAUAUUAUCCAAGACAAGAUGUAUUAGUUAAUUAUCAAACAAGAACGGUUGGAAGACAUGCUACUGAAGGUCAAUAUAAUGAUCAUUAUGAAAAAAAUUAUUACGGGAAUGGAGACAAUUAUGAAGAUAACCUCCACAAUAACUAUGAUACAUAUAAUGCUGAGAAUAAUGUAUAUGUUCGUGAUUAUUCUAAUCUACCUACAACAUCAUAUAAACAUCAAAAGUAUGUACCCCAUAGUUUAGUCUAUUUAAAAGAUUAUUUUCCAAUUGAUGAUAAAUUAUAUGUAUUUUAUCCCAAAAAUCUAAAACAAAAGUAUUAUACUCUUCGUACAAUUCGACUUAAACAUGGUCAAUUUAGUCCAUAUUUCUCAAGUAAAUCAGCGAAAAGAAAUCCAAAUGGAGGUUUUAAAGAAAUUCAUCCAAAAUCAAAUACAGAAUAUCCUCAUGGUUACAAAAAUUUGGGAAUUAAUGAUUAUAAUAAAAAUGAUUAUUAUUAUUAUACUGAAUCAAGUGAACCAUCAAAUUAUAUCCCUUCAAAUUAUCAUUCAUACAAUAGAAAAGUGAACUAUAAACCAAUAGACAUAUAUUCAUCAAUAAAUUAUAACCAUGGUAAAAAUAAUAAUCGUGCCAAAGCACUUUAUAAUAGUAUUACUAAUAACAAUAAUUAUAACCCAUAUAAAUAUUCAUCAAAGCAAGAUUAUAAUGAUUAUAUUGAGGAAAAUAAACUACAAGAUGAUAUAUUUCUAUUUGGUGAUGCUUUAAAAACAACAGAUUAUGAAGAAUCAAUCUCAUAUCAUCAUAGUGGUAAACAAGAUCCAAAAGGUAAAAUUAGAAACUAUUUCAAUUAUGAUAUCUAUGGUAGAAUGAAACAUUCUGGCAAGUCGAAAUUCGGUGGUGGAACUAAAAAAUAUCAUACAGUUAUUGAUAGUGAUAAAAGAAAGAAUAAACAUUAUGUUACAUAUCUUCCAUAA